AUGGAGUCCUUUGAAGAACUAACUGACACAACAGAUGAAGAGUCCACCAACAAACCCUACAGUGAAAAUUACCAGCUCUGGAACCUCAAGGCCAAAGAAAUUUUUACUACCAAGACCCAAAGUUACUUCAUGAAGACUAAAAGAACUAAGAACAUUUUGACACACUUGGCUUUCUCUCUUGGGCUAGGCAGCAUGUGGCGUUUCCCUUACCUGUGUCAACAGAAUGGAGGAGGUAGCUUCAUCCUGAUGUACUUACUCAUGCUCCUCUUCUUCGGGAUUCCCCUGUUGUACAUGGAGGUGAUCAUAGGGCGGUGGCUGCGUGUAGACAUCAUCCAGGUCUGGAAGCAGCUCGUUCCCUGGCUAGGUGGCGUGGGCUACACUAGCAUACUGGUCUGCAUGUUGAUGAGCUUGUAUAACAGUGCCGUCCUCUCCUGGAGCCUCUACUACCUGGCCAAUUCCUUUGACCAUCCCCUGCCUUGGGAUUAUUGCCCGCUGGUGAAGAACAUCAGUGUCACUGACUUCUCUUGCCUUCAGACUGUGCCCCACCAAUACUUCUGGUACCACACCACCCUGGAAGCCUCAGGCCACAUUGAGGAAGGGAUCCAGAACCUCGUCCUAAAGCUCAGCCUGGGUGUCUUGACAAUUUGGAUCUUCCUUUUCAUCAUUGUCAUCAUGGGGCUCGAUUUGUCAGUGUUGUUGCUGUUUUUCUCGAUAAUCCUCCCCUACAUCUUCCUCCUCUGCAUCUUCAUCAAAUGUCUCUUUCUGGAAGGUGCAGUUGCCAGCCUGGAACGUAUGAUAACCACAGAGCUCUCUGCCUUGUCCUCGCUGGAACUGUGGCGUCAGGCAGGAGGCCAUGUGCUCUAUUCCCUGGGCCUAGGCAUGGGCACCAUCAUCACCUCCUCCUACGAGGCUGGAAGGGACAACUUUGUCAAGGCAACCUUCCUCGUAGUCCUGGGAAACCUGAUGACCUCGAUGCUGACCACAUCCAUCAUCUUUCUAGUGCUGGGGUUCUGGGCUACCACCAGUGGCCAUACCUGUGUUCAGAAGAGUGUCUCAAGGCUGAUAGAGCUGAUAUCCAUUGGGGUGCUACCCAAGGAGGCCAAGCCCCCAGAUAACAUCCUGCUCAUGCUCCCCCAGGACUACCUGAACUGGAUCAUCCACCUCCCCAGACACCUCCAGUACCAGGUCAUCCACCACUCCCUGUCCUGCAGUAUCAGAGUGCAGAAGGAAAAGCUCAUGGAGGGCCCUGGCCUCACAUUUGCAGCCUUCUCCCAGGCCGUCUCAUUGCUCCCUCAUGCCUCUCUCUGGGCCAUCCUCUUCUUCCUGGCUCUGUUCAUCACAGGCCUGGGCACCUUGAUAAAAACCUCGGAGAACAUUGUCCUUUCUCUCCAGAACUCCACAGUCUUUGUGAAGUAUCCCAGCCUGGCCCCAGUGGUCAUCUGCCUGGGAGGGCUUCUGGGCAGCCUCGUCUUCAGCAGUCACGCCGGCAUCUACAUAAUGUCUUUGUUUGAUGACCACCUGGUCCCUCUCACCCUUGUCGCCAUUGUGACAUUCCAGAAUAUGGCUUUGUCCUGGAUCUAUGGAGCCCACAGGUUUAGGGAGGAGAUGAUCCGUGACUUAGGGCACCUUCUGAGACCCUCCUUCACUUUCCUGUGGUGCUACGUGACACUGCCCGGGCUGCUGGCCCUCCUCAUCAUCUGCAUCCUGCCCCUCCAUCACAAGGAAACCUCCUAUAUUGCCUGGAAUAGAAGUAUGAGCCAGGAAGUAAAGCAGCCCUACCCGAACAGCGCCCUGGGCUGGGUCACCUUCCUCAGCGUCUUCACCUUUCUGCCGAUACCGGCCUACCUGCUUUACCAAUGGUGGUUCCUCCAGGACCCCAUGACCUCUGAGACAGUGUCCUUCCAAACGAUGACCAUGGACUCCUCCAAACCCGGAAGGUGGCUCAAGCACCCCGUGAGGAAAUCCACCUCCAGUUCCCAGAACAAAGUCCAGGAGACUUCGAGGUUCACCCAGUCCCCAGGGAGGAACCCCGAGAGACCCUCCUUCAGCCUGACUCCCAUCGCCUCCCUGUUCUCCUUGUGGAGCAGCAGCCUCAUCACUUCCAAGCAGGUGAGCCCGAUGUUCGUAGCUGUGGACAACAAUGUCAAGCUUGGGGAGUCCACAGAAGAAAAGAUGCCCAACAACUCUACAGAUUAA